UCAUCUAGCAACUACAUCACCACCACCAUCUUCUUCUAUCUUCUUCCUCUCUUUUUUUCAAUGGAGUCCAAUGGAAAGAAUAGUUUGAAUGAUGGAACAAAUGGAAAAGUGGGAACAAAAGGAAGUACCUUAUGGGUGUGUGAGCUUGUUUUUAGGCUUGUAUGUGUUGCAACAACGCUUGCAGCUGCCAUAGUGAUGGGUGAGGCCAAGGAAACUGAGCAAGUCCCCUUGCAAUUGACACCUUCAUUGCCUGCUGUUCUUUAUCCUGUCACUGCUAAGUCUAGCUACUCCUCAGCCUUUGUGUAUUUUAUUAUAGCAAAUGCAAUAGCAUGCGGAUAUUCAAUAAUAUCUCUUGGAGGAGCAAUUGCAAACAGAGGGAGAAGAGGAAAACUAGCAAUGUUGAUCUUUAUCAUAGAUGAAUUGAUGCUAGCUCUUCUCUUCUCCGGCAACGGGGCUGCGGCGGCUAUCGGAAAUGUCGGAGAAAAUGGAAACUCUCAUGUUGGAUGGAACAAGAUUUGCAAUGUUUUCACCAAGUUUUGCUCUCAUGUUAAGAUCUCUGUUAUACUCUCACUGGUUGGAGCUUUGAAUUAUGUUUUCUUGGCUUUGAUUAGUAUCAUAAGCCUUCAUAAGAAAGAUAAAUAGUUCAAAUUAAUGAUACUUCAUAUUGGAAGUUAUAUAUAUAUAUAUAUAUCUAUAUAUAUGUUUGUUUAUGUAUGGGUUUAAUUACUGAACAGGAUUAUAAAUUAAUGUUGUAUAAGUUUUGUUUUUUAGUUUGUGAGUUGGGACUUAAUUUGAGUGUGUGUAUGAUGAAUCUGGUGAUGUGGUUGAGAAUAAUAGAGGGAAAUAAAAGAAAUGGUAGAUGGUUCACUUGUUUGAUGUUA